AUGCCCAUCAAUGUUGAUGAUGUGAUGCAGCUGUUCUGCCACCUCUCCCAGGAGAAGGGGAUGAAAGCUGCUGUCAAGCACUCUGGUCGAGGAGCACUGCUGGCGGGUGCAACAGCUUUUAUUGGGGGUCUGAUGGGAGGUCCACCUGGAAUCGCUGUAG